GUCACUUAUGCGCUACAGACUUGACAGAUGAAAAACACCGCAGACGAAGGCACAUGAUCUUUAGUUUUAGCUCAAAUGAUCGAUAAAGAAUAUGUUUAAGAAUUUAAAGAAAAAAUUGGAACAAGGCGUCGCACAGUCGCCACUUCGAGGAGCUCUGAAUGCUGUGACAAAGCAAACAGAAGAAGCCAGUCCAGGAGAGCCAAUAGCAGAGAGUACACCCAAGAAGGAGAACAAUGUGGUUCCCCAGGGUCUGAACUCUACAGACAGUGGGGCCACCGUAGGGGAGGGGCCAGCGGUCGGUCAGUUGGUGGACAUACCCCUCCAGGAAGACAGUCCAAACACAACUAAUGACUAUUCCUCAGCGUUAUCCCAGUUACCGGGAGAUGACACGCCUCGUGCCGCCCGAUCUCGGACAUCGUCCAUCAGUUCCGUCACCAGCGACUCUUUCUUCACGAAUGCGAAUCUCGGCCCGUUUCAUCACUACGCAGCACCGUCAGACAUUGAGAGCGAGGUGGAGGAGCAGGUCUCGAACCUCGAUGGCUACAGUAAAGACGACCUAUACCAGCUGGUCAGGAAAUACGAAAGACGAUCCAUCAGAUACAAGUCAAAGUUUAUGGAGGUUGCAAACAUUUAUAAAGAGGUUGUGGCUGAAAGAGACAAACUUAAGAACACUCUAACCCAGACACAAGACCGAGCUUUCCGGAGAAUCUCAGAGCUCAAGGAGCAGAUUCAGCUCGACCAGCUCGCUAAGAAGGACCUGGAGGAAAACUACAGGCUGAUGCUGGAGGAGAAGGAUGAACACAUGAAGGUGUUCAGGACUCAGAUAAGGCUGCUACGAGAGGGAAAGGAGAUUCCACCAGAACUGGAGGAACAAUUACAGAGUAAUAAAAAGCCCCAGAAAACCCCUGUAACGGGGGGCCCAGGAGGGGAUGGGGCAAAGGAGGAUAGUAAUGUUCAACAACUUACAGAAAAGGUCAAGAGAUUAGAGGGUUUACUGAGUCGCUGUAAAGAAACCAUCAGAAGUAAUAAAGAGAAGACCGGACAGUUAGAGGAGGAGAAUGCCAAACUGACCAAUGAAAUCAAAGAACUGACAAAACUAAAGGGUACCGCUAGUCCAGAUCAGUUAUCUAAACUACAAAAUCAGAUCAAGCAGGCAAGACAGGUGAUAGAACAGCUGGAAUCUGACAGAGAACUAGCCAUUGCAGAGGUCAAACGGCAGGUGCAUGAAGAAAUUCAGGCCAAGGACGAGGAGGUCAUCAAGGCCAGAGAACAGAUCAAGGUCAAAGAGGAAGAGCUAGUGCAUGCACAACAGCAAGGGGAACAACUCAAGGCAGAGAAUCAGGCACUGCAGGAAAAGAACGAAAAAUUAGAAAAAGCAGCCAGAGAGAAACUGGAGAAAUCGAGGGAGAUUGUAAGGAAACUAAAGGAAGAGAAACAGAAACUACAGCUAGAAUUAGAGGAGCGGAUCCAGAAAAUGGACACAGAGUACAAGGAGCGGAUCCAAAGCGUGGAGAAAGCAAUGGAGGAUGAGAAGGAGGGGUUGGUACAGGAGCUUUCCAAAGCCAAAGCAGCAGCCAUCAGCUGCAUGCAGGAGGAAACAGAGAAGACCAUUGCUAAUCGUGUCCAGGCCUCAAUGGAGGAGAGAGAUCAAUACUGGCAUCAGAUCCUGCAGGAAAAAGAAAAAGAACAUGUAGAUGUUCUAGAUACCAAGGUUUGUGAACAUGCCUAGUUGCUCAGGCAGAUGGAGGGAACAUAAAAUCGUAAAUGGUUGGAGGAACAGGAAAUGAGGCUAGCUGUUGAGGAAACUCACAAAAUGGCUACCUUAUCACAGCAGGACUCACUCAUCUCCAAAGUGGCGGACACACUUUCUUCUGAAAAAUCCAAACUGGAAGGAGAAUUGGCAGACCUUCAGAGUGUAGUCACAAAGCUCACUGAAGAGACAGAAAGCAAGAUCCAGAAAAUUCAGGAAGAGGCAGCUGAACAAAAGCAGGAAAUGGAAUCCAGGCUCCGAACUCAGAUGGAGGAAUCACUGAGCAGGAAGGAUCAGGAAUGGGAAGAGAGACUGCAGUCUGCAGCGGACACGCACACCGUCCAGAUUGCAGAGCUAACGCGAAAGCAGGAGGACGCCAUGCAGGGUUCAACUUCAGAGCUGGAGGGGUAUUACAAAGAGCAGAUGAAGACGAUGAAAUCCAACUAUGAACAGCUUCUUCAAGAGAGGGCCCAGCAGGUGGAAGGGAUGAAUCUGUCACUGCAACAAAUCAAGGUGGAGAAGGAAAAUGUAGAGAAAGAGUUAUCGGAAGUGAAAGAGGAAUUAAGUCAAAAGAGGAAAGAAAUAGAAAACCUGAUGACUAAUAGUGGUAAUGUUCAGUCUGAAAAAGAGGCCAGGAUUGCAGAACUUGGAGUGGAGGUAGAAACGCUGACAAAGAAUAUGGAACAGUUAGGGAGAGAAAAGAAGGAAAUGGAAGAGGACAUUAUCAAAAUGAUAGAACAGAAGGAGAAGUCAGAGCAGACGUACAGGGACAGAAUAUCAGAGUUAACUCAGGAAAACAGUGACACAAUGGCAGCCAUAUCAGCGUCAUCUGAUGAAAGCAUCAAAGCACUGACCAAUCAGAUAGAGGAGAAGAACAGAGAUAUAACGGAGCUGAUGGAGAAGUUACAGAAGGCUGAGAACAAGGUGGCAGAACUGGACAAACAGUGUGAAAAAGUGGAAAACAAACUUUCUCAGUCACAUAAAGAAAAAUCCUUCCUUGAGGAGAAGAUAGCCAGUUUUGAAUUAUCCAUGUCAGAAUCACUGAAAUUGAAUGAUGAUUUAAAUCAGAAAGUCAAAGAGACUCAGGAGAUGUUUAGUUCUAAUCAGCAGCAGCUGCAGCAAGAAAAGGCCAGUCUGGACCAGAAGAUCACGUCAUUACAGGAAGCUGUCAGUGAAGGGGAGCAGAGGGUGACAGAAAUGGAGCAGGCCAUUGUAAAGAAGGAGGAGGAAAUUCAGACAUUGAAAAAAGUUUUGGAGGAAAAUGCUGUCUACAUCAAAGAGCUGGAAGAAAAAGUGAAGGAAAGAGAAACAGAGAAAAAUGAAUUAUCUGAGAUUUUGGGAAGCAAGGAAGAGGAGAUAAGUAAGGAGAAAGAAAAGUUUGAUAGGCUGAGGGCAGAGGCUAAAGGAAGAUUGAAGGAACUGAAGGAGAAUUUGGAUGAGAGUGGACAGAAGUAUCAGGAUCUGGAGCUAGAGAGGAAGACACUGAUAGACAAACAUAAUGAGGAGAUGAAGGAGGCUCAACAGAAACUUCAGGAGGAAAAGUCCAGCUAUCAAAGCCUAGAGGAAAGUUUUAAAGCUCAGUUUGAGGAGCUGAAGUCCAAGCACAAGGAACAAGUGAAUCAAUUAAGGGAAGAAUUUCAAGAGAAGCUGAAAGAGAGAGAGGUGGAGUUUGAAGGGAAGUUGACGGAGCUGACCCAGCAGAAGGAUCUGAAUGCUGAGGAUUUGAUGAAGGACUUUGAAACGAGAAAGACGCAGGAGAUAGGGCAGAUGGAAGAGAAUCACAAAAGAGAGGUGGCCAGCCUUGUGGAAGACUGGGAGGGGAAACUUCUGAAGGCAAAGGAGGAAUUUGAUAAAGAAAGACAAAACUUGAUCAGUCAACACCAGGAGGAAUGUGUAAGGACUACGGAGGAACAUCAGAAACAAUUGGCAGAGGUACAGGCUAACUUGGAACAGAGGAUAGCUGAAAAAGAAUCAAGGAUUGAACAACUGAACUCUGAUUUGACGUCUGCUCUAGAAAGUAAGGAGGCCUCUUUGAGAGAGUUGACAGAAAAUCAAGCUCAAUUUGAGGGAUCCACCAACAAGACCAUUGAAAAUCUGAAGCAGAAGUUGCAAGAGGCAGAGGAGAAAUUGCUUCAGAUGAAUGAAAAUAUCAGCAGUUUAGAGACAGAGAGGAAUAGUCUCAUUGAAAGCAAAGCAAUGUCUUCUUCACAGUAUGAAGAAGAGAUAAAUUCACUAAGAGAUUCAGAAAAAAAUAACAAGGAGAAGCUCACAGCUCUUGAGGAGCAGGUUAAGGAUCUUAGUCAACAAUUGUACACAGUGUCAGAAAAACAUGAAAAAGAAAUGUCAGAAAAAGAACAGGUGAUCAAAAACCUAGAUGAAGAAAUAAAGCAAUUGACCAACACUAAUAAAUCAAUGGAAGAAAUGUUAAAAGAAAUGAGUGAAGCUUCCCAAGCCAGAGGAGAUGACUUGCAAGAAAAGGAAAGUAAAAUGAAAGAACUGGAAUCUUUACUUGCAAAGAAAGAAGAAGAAUGGUCGCAGAAACUCGAAGAGAAUCAAAAGCAGUGUAGCCAAAAAUUGGAGGAAAUUCAGGUAGAGAAAUCAAAAUCUGAGCAAGAUUAUGAAAAAAGGAUAUCAGAAAUGUCUGAGAAUGACAGCGAACUGCAGGCCAACCUUACACAAUUGAAUAGUAAGGUCAGCCAGACAGAAGAGAAACUUCAUGACUGCAUUCAGCAAUAUGAGUCUCAGAUCGAGGAAUACAAAAACAAGUUGGAGCAGCAGGUGGAAAGUGGCAAGCAGGAGAUUCAGAAAGUGGAGGAGCAGUGGAAGAACAAGUUACAGGAGUUGAAGCAGAAGUACAUGACCAAACUUAAGGAGAUUCAGAAAGAAAGCAAGGACAAGGUCAGUUCGAUGUCACAGGAAUCCGGCGAGGUCCAGAGAAGACUGGCAGAGCUGGAGAGCCAGUUGAAUCAGGAGAGGACCGACAAGGAGGCGAUGUCAGAGGAACUGACCCACGCCAACACCAAACUUCUGCAGCUGGAGGAGACCUCGGGAGAGUCCAAGAUGGCCAUCAUCGAUCUGGAGAAGAAGAUUCAGGAGAUGGAGAAAGUGGAUAGGGAAAAAGACCAAAGGAUCUCAGAAUUACAGGGGAGGAUCAAAGAAUUGGAGUCUGUGAUUGUGGAAAAAGACCAAAGGAUUGUGGAAUUACAGGGGAGGAUCAAGGAACUGGAGGCAGUGGUUGUGGAAAGGGAGAGUGAGGUUAAAAAGUUAAGGCAGUGUGUUGAUGAGAAAGAUAAAGAACUGAGUGAGAAAGAAGUGAGAAUUGAACAGUUAAGUGGUAGAAUGAAUGAACUGGAAAAUGUAGUCAAGGAAGAAGGAGUGGUGA